CUUCUAGCGAGGAGCAGGGAAACAUGGGAAUUAAUUUUGAUGCUUACGAGGACAUUCCCGUUGAGACGAGUGGUGAAAACGUGCCCCCACCUGUGAAUACUUUUGCGGAGAUUGACUUGGGCGAUGCUCUUAAUCAGAACAUUAGACGCUGCAAAUAUGUUAAACCAACGUCGGUCCAGCGGCAUGCCAUACCCAUAUCCCUUGGCGGACGGGAUUUGAUGGCUUGUGCUCAGACUGGUUCCGGAAAGACUGCAGCAUUCUGUUUCCCUAUUAUCAGUGGCAUUAUGAGAGGUCAAGGGCAGGCCCCCCUACGGCCCCCUCGCGGUGCCCGUACAGUCUAUCCAUUUGCCCUUGUUCUCUCGCCGACUAGGGAGUUAUCCGUGCAAAUACUUGAAGAGGCUAGGAAGUUUUCAUACCAGAGUGGGCGCGUCGUUCUGAAGAAAAAGCGUUUGGGUGGGGUUGGAGAGUGA